AUGGCAUCUGUUAUUCGAGAAGCCGCCUUUGGGCAAUUAGUUCGAUAUCUGACGAAAAACAAAUACUUCCAAUAUCCCGAAGAGAAGGCCGAUUUUAAGCUACCCGAGACAUGGCUUCGACUAUUAAACGACUCGGACGCUGCAACGAUAGCCGACCCCGAGAAGACUGAGCAGCAACCCGAGCAGCAACCCGAGCCGCAACCCGAGCCGCAAGGCUUGGAUGCAACUAGCGAGGCUAUCAGUCGUGCAUCAACUCAAAACUCUCUUCCCUUCACAGAAGCGCGCCUUGAAGCUGAUGAGCAACAUGAAAUUGAAAAGAUCAAGUCCAUUCCCAUUCAGCCCAAAAAGACCAAGGAUGGUGCUAUCCUGGUCGAUUGGUACUAUACCGAUGACGCCGAGAAUCCACACAACUGGUCGAAUAAGAAGCGUGUCUUGAUCACGACACUCAUCUGUCUUUAUACAUUCGUGGUCUACACAACUUCUGCAAUCUAUACAUCCUCCGUGGCGGGGAUUAUGGCGGAAUUCGGCGUCAGUGAUCUGGUUGCUACACUCGGAUUGUCAUUGUACGUCCUUGGAUAUGGAACCGGACCUCUGGCCUUCUCGCCUCUCAGCGAGAUCCCAGUCAUUGGCCGCAAUCCUGUCUAUAUUGUCACUAUGUUCCUCUUUGUUAUCAUUUCCAUUCCCACCGCUUUCGUGGGUAACUUCCCCGGGCUGAUGGUGCUCCGAUUCCUGCAGGGAUUCUUCGGCUCCCCGUGUCUCGCUUCCGGAGGAGCUUCAAUUGGAGAUAUGUACAGCCUCAUUUCUCUUCCUUAUGCCAUGAUGUCAUGGGUAGCAGCAGCUUAUUGCGGUCCUGCCCUUGGUCCUCUCAUCAGUGGCUUCGCAGUCCCCGCUGAGACUUGGCGCUGGUCCCUCUUUGAAUCCAUCUGGAUGUCUUCCCCUGUGUUCAUCCUGAUGUUCUUCUUCCUUCCCGAGACUAGCUCCGCAACGAUCCUCCUACGUCGUGCUGCGCGUCUUCGCAAGAUCUACAACAAUGACCGCUUCCUGUCCCAGUCCGAGAUUGAUCAGCGCAACAUGAAGAUCUCAGAUGUUGCCGUCGACGCCUUGAUCAAGCCUUUGGAAAUUACUAUCAAGGAUCCUGCCGUCCUCUUCGUUCAGAUCUACACUGCUAUCAUCUACGGAAUCUACUACUCCUUCUUCGAGGUGUUCCCCCUGGUCUACCCUGUCGAUUACAACAUGAAUCUCGGUCAAGUUGGUCUAGUCUUCCUGUGUAUCCUGGUUUCUUGCAUCAUCGGUAUUGCAGUCUACUUCUCCUACCUCUACUUCUGGAUGAACCCCCGCAUUGCACGCUUCGGAUUCCCGGUUCAGGAGGCUCGUCUGAUCCCGGCGCUGCCAGCUUCUGUCGGACCCACUAUUGGCCUGUUCCUCUUUGCCUGGACGGCCCGUGCCUCGAUUCAUUGGAUCGUUCCCACCAUCGGCAUCACCAUCUAUGGUGCGACAGUCUUCAUCGUCAUGCAGUGCUUGUUCGUCUACAUUCCAUUGACUUAUCCGAUGUACGCUGCUAGCCUGUUCGCUGCAAACGAUUUCUUCCGCAGUGCCUUGGCUUGCGGUAGUGUCUUGUUUGCUCAUCCUUUGUUUGGCAACCUCGGUGUUGCUCGGGGUACCAGUCUGCUUGGUGGUCUGAGUGUGAUUGGCAUUAUCGGAAUCUGGUUGCUUUACUACUAUGGUGCUCGACUCCGCUCUAUGAGCAAGUUUGCCCUCUCUGAUGAGUGA